AUGACAGAAUACAACGCACCCAAGAGCACCAGAGACGAACAAUUGGCAGUGGUGGCACCGUCUCGCGAAAUGUCGGCAGUCCAUGCACUCUCUCCGAGCGCAAUUAUAAUUACUUUACAGAUGGCAACCUUAGAGGAUAAACUUCUGGGAGAGAAGCGAGACUACUAUUGCAGCUCAUCCGAGGAUGAAGACGAGGGUGGUGUCAGGCUGGUCAAGGAAGAGGAUCUCAACGAAAAACCCGUCAAUACAGUUAAAUUCGACCGGUCCUCCAAUACCGGUCCGAAAGGUGUCGUCAAGGACUACCAACGGUACAAGCAGCUGGAAAUGGAACGACGGGUCGAAAAUGAAGCCGAGCGUCUAGCGCUGAUGAAGAAACUUUCGCUCAGCUGUAUGACGAACAACGAGGAGGAGGCCCUGAAAAACGAAGAUGAGAUGGACGAGGAACUCAAUGAGCUCAUGCUUGAGUAUAUCUCGCUGCGUAUGCAAGAAAUGGUUUCGGCCGAGCAGGACACUGAAAGACCCAAGUUUGGAAAGCUAGUCAUCAUUCAGACCAAGGAAGCUUUCUUGGAUGCGAUCGACCGUGAACACAAAGAUACCACGGUUAUCAUUCAUCUUUACACACCUUUCACUCCUGGAUGCGACGCGAUGAACGCGUGCUUCAAUACCCUAGCCGAGACCUAUCCAUUGCACAAAUUCUGCGUUAUGUCCACUGAAGUGGCCGGAAUGACUUCAUUCUUCGAAAACAAGGGCGUUCCGGCGAUCACGAUCUACAGGGGCAAAAAUGUCAUCGAAAGCAACCCUUUCCCGCGGGAACUAUAUAACCGGCUAUACAAGCGCGAUGGUCACAAAGACAUCAUGACUGCCUUCCGAACGUCUCUGGCUCUUGCCUGUGUAUCCGCCACAGCAUUCGCUGGCGAGUACUACGGCGGAGUUGGACAUGGCUCACUGUACGGCUAUGGAAUCGGUGGCAUGUCCUACGGACGAGGUUACGGAAGUCUACCGUCGCCGGACUACGAAGCAGCCGCGCUGAGCAAAUCCCAAAAAAUCCACGGAUACGACAAUGAUGCAGCAUACCAGCCCAGCUUGGGUCACCGCGAACUCAAAAGCUUCGUCCUUCCUCCAUCGGUCGGGCUCACGAAGGGAUACGGUAUCGGCCAUGAUCUCGGACCACACGCCAGAGGACAUGGUGGAACAUACGGUGGAGGAUACGGCGGGAAAUAUGGUGGAAGUCACGGUGGAGGAUACGGCGCAGGAUACGGCGGAGGAUACGGUGGAGGAUACGGUGGAGGACACGGUGGCGGAUACAGUGGAGGAUACAGUGGAGGAUACGGUGAAGGAUACAGUGGAGGAUACGGUGAAGGAUACGGUGGAGGAUACGAUGGGGGAUACGGUGGAGGAUACGGUGCCGGAUACGCCGUCGGUUACGGCAAAGCUCUCAGCGCUCCUAUCUCGGGCGGCUCGAUUGCUUUCGGCAAAGGAUACGGCGAUCUCUCGCACAGCGGAGGAUACGGCAGCCCAGCUGGACACUCUGGGAAAGGUUUUGCCACAUUACCUAUUGUCAGGGAUUCCGGAAGAGUGGGUCUGGGAAACGCGUACGGCGGGUCUAGUGGUCUGGACUACGAUCACCGGGACGCGGGAGACGACUACCGUGGCAUUGGGCUUGGACACGCUUUCCAAGGCAACCACAAGCUCGCAGACUACAGCAGAGGUCUGAACGCUCCACUCACUAUUCAGAAAAACUUCGCUGCCUAUGGAAAUGAGUUGGGAUUCGGGAGUCGCAGACCUUUCCUGGGAGCCGAACCUGCCCACUACGGUGAGAACUGA